AUGGAAUACAAUGGUGGGAGUGUGAUUGCCAUGACAGGCAAGAACUGUGUGGCGAUCGCAUCCGACUUGCGUCUUGGCAACCAGGCGCUGCUAUUGUCCACUCAGUUCGACAAGGUGUUUCGGAUGACAGACCGCACCUAUGUCGGACUUCCUGGGCUUGCAACAGAUGUAGCUACACUGAGAGAAAAGUUCCGCUACCGCCUAAAUAUGUACCGGAUGAAGGAGGACCGUGACAUUGAGCCAGAAACCUUUGCGAAGCUCAUGAGCUCGACGUUGUACGAGCGUCGGUUUGGUCCAUAUUUCAUUGAGCCUGUGGUGGCUGGCAUGAACUCAAACAAUGAGCCGUUUAUUGCAGCAUCUGAUCUCAUUGGAUGCUUGAAUUUCGCAAAGGAUUUUGUCGUUAGUGGCACGGCGAGUGAUCGACUUUUCGGUAUGGCUGAGGGGCUGUGGGAACCCGACUUGGAACCAGAGGAUCUCUUUGAAACCAUCUCACAGACCAUGCUUGGUGGUAUCGAGCGUGACGCACUGUCUGGUAUGGGCGUCAUUGUUCGAAUCAUUACACCCGACAAGGUCAUUGAGCGGACGCUCAAGUGCCGAAUGGAUUAA